AUGCCUAAUAUGAAUAAUGGCUCAUCAAAGGAUCCACAUUUUAUAUCUCUAUAUUCAACAUUAGAUGAUCCAAAAAUAGAUAUAAAACAAAAAUUGGACAUACUUACAAAAUUUAAAGGUCAUGUCAAAAAAGAAUUUAUUAAUAUUGAAAAUAUACCUACUUAUAUCGAUGCCCUUUUACUUAUUUCUCAAAAGUUUAAAGAUUCCAUAGAUACUUUAUUCUUAGGACAUUCCUGUUUAUGUUAUCUAAUUAAAAGGAUAGCAAUCCAAUCGCCGGAAUCAUUAUCACAACCUUUAAUUACCAAUUUAAUCAACGGUAUUAUUGAAUUGCAUACUUUAACAAAUAUGCAGAAUCCAAUAUCAUCACACAAUAUGAAAAAAUUCUGGCUUUUAACUAUAAAGAUUUUAGAAUCAUGUUAUACAAUAAAUCCGAUAUAUACUGAAGAUUCAAUCAAACAAAGUUUAGAAGGAGAAAUUACCAGUAUGAUAGACAAUUCUUCAAAUAAUAUUCAUAUAUUGAAUAGGAUAAAAGUUAUAUUAUUUAUUAUAAACGAAUUAUGUCAAAUAAAACAAAACAAUGAUCAGAACCCUCUAUCUUCACUAAGAUUCUUCAAUCCUGUGGUACUGAGGUUUUUAAAUACUAUAACAGAACAAAGUUUCAAUGAUAAGAAUAGUGUUAACAGUAUUGUCGAAUUAAUAAGCGAUAUAUUUAGAAAAUAUGUUGACCAAACGAAUUUCGAAGAAUUUGUUAAGAAUAUAACUAACAACUCAAUUAGGAACAUCUUUUCACAAGAGUAUCAACAACCUGAUGUUCGCCUCAACAAUACAUUUGAUACAGAGAAUGAAUUACAAUCAAUACUUAAUGAUGCCAAGCCACCCAGCCAGCUAUUAUCCAGAAAUGUCGAUAUGUCCCACAAUUCAUCGUUACUAUACACAUCAUUAGAUCAACUAUCUGAUGAUUUGGAAAAUGCACUUGAACCUUUUCACAAUCCAAAGGAAACAGAAAAAAAUUGGAAAAUUAGACAAAGUAACAUUAUAAAAAUUAAAAACAUAUUUCUUUUAAAUGAAAAACUAAUCCUGGAAGAAAAAACUGAGUUUGUAAACAUUUUGAAGACUCUAAAUUUUGUCGAUUGCAUAUCGAAAACUGCGUUAUCCUUGAGAACAACCCUUUCCCUUAAUACAUGUCAACUAAUAAAAGAUUUAAUACUGUUAUUGAAAGACAGUCUCACUAUACCGCUACUAGACCAUAUAUUUACCACUUUGAAAAUAUUAUUAGCAUCCACAAAGAAAUUAUCUUCCCAGAUGGGUUACUUCUGUCUGCUCAUUAUGUUUUUAAAUGUAGACUUCCAUAGUAAAUUGUUCCAUGAUAGUCUUUUACUUAUCAGUGAAAAAAAUGUUAUCCAGAGAAACACAUCUGCAAUUAUACUAAGAAUCAUUUUAAUAAAAGCCAACCACACAUCAAAGCUGGAUAGUAAUCUUGUUUACAUCGAGGAGUGGAUACGAAAAGGGAUAUCUGAUGCUCAGACACAAGUAAGGGAGGCUAUGAGGAUUACCUUUUGGUACUACUACAAAGCAUAUCCAGUAAAUGCGAAAAAUCUACUUAAUAACUCAUUCUCUGCGCAACUUAAGAAAGCUAUUGAGCUCGCUAUUCCUGAACAUCUAGAUAUAGAUUAUAGAAGACAAUAUCAAGGUACAUUUUCAAAUUCAUCCUCCAGAAAUAGUUCGCGAAGAUCUAGUUUGUUAAGCUCCCAUCUUCAAAAUAAUACAUCAUUAAAUCGAAAAUUCCCAAGUUAUGCACAACCAACACAAUCAUCUAUUUCACAGAAAAAUAAAGCUGGAAUGACUCGUACCAAUAGGUCCACAAGCGAGAUGGUAACAAGUAAUAAAGGAUCAACAAUUGCAGACACUGUGGAAAAUAAGCGACUCAAGACUAAUGAUGGUACGAUAAUCAAAAGAAAAAUAAGUGCACCUAUAUCCAGUAAUAAGACACAUUAUGAUUCUAAUUUGAACCAACUAGACCUCACUGGAGAACUUCCAAACUCCCAAUCAAUAUCACUGAUUAAUAAAUAUAUGGAUAUGAAUAUCCCCGAUAAUAAUUCAACAAGUAUUGAAAGUCCUGAUGAAAAUCAAAAUAACGAAGCCUUGGAAAAAUUAUAUUCAUCUUCACGUAAUGAAAAACAAUACAAAGAGUUCUUACAGUUACUACAGAACUAUAUACUAAUACCCCAAAGUAACGAAACAGAUAAACUUGAUUUUAAGAAAAUUAUACCCUCUCUCAGAAAAUUAAUUAUAAAACACCCAUCUGAUUUCAAACCAUUGCUUUCCAUUCAACGGUUCGUUACUAAUACUCCUAUAUCAUGCGUAAUAGAACUAUUCGCCAUAAAUAAUAUAGACCCAAACGAACUCAUUAGUACACUUGAUAUAACAACCAUUCCAGAUACGACUAAGAUAUUAGACGAUAUUGGAAAAUUAUUAGUUAGUCUAACUAUUUCGUCAGAUCCUUCUACAUCUAUUUUUUAUAUGAAAUAUAGACGUACCAUUUUCGAUUUUGUUUUAAAUGUAUUACACAAAUUAUUAUCAGAUAAUGGUACGACAGAAUUAAUUAAAGAAAAUACAUUCGAAAAUAUCCUUUCUAAUUUAUUUAAAAUAUAUGGUAAUGAGAUGGAUAACCAACAAUAUUUUGAUAUAUUGUACAGAUGUUACCUUUUCAAUAACCAGGCAUUCAUUAAACGUUUAAAAGAACUCCAAUUCGUAUCAAUUAAAUUAAAAAUUUGCGAAGAAUUACAACAAAAAGACAACAAUUUGAAAUUAAAUAACAUCAUUUUGGGUAACAAACAAGAUGAUAACAACAACGAUAUUCAAGUACGCGAAAAUGAACAUCCCAAGUUCGUUGAGGAACAACUGAAACAUAAUAAAAUGGACAAUUUAAGCGAUAACGAAGUCGAAGAAAAUGAUCCAGAAAUACGAAAAUAUAUGGAAAUGACAAUGGUGAACCCUUUCAAGCAACAAAGAUCAAUUAGCAGUGAGAGUGUUGUUCAUAAUCCCGAGCUGACAACAAAAAAUAACGGACACGAGCAUGACACAUUCAAUCCAGACCAAACAGGUUUAACAACUUUGAAUCCUAGACUGUAUGAAAUGACAAAAAUUGUUAGUGUUUAUCAAACUACAGAUCAGCCUUGUUCCACGACAGUGGAUCUUGACACCGAAUCAGAUAAUAUGAAAAUCAAAGAGAAUAAAGUCUCACAUAUAGGACUCAGUGACAUUUUCCAAGACGGAUCCAAGAAAAUCAAACAAGAAAAUGCAGAUUUUAAGCCGAUAUCAAGUAUAUUGAAUGAAAACAGUAAGAUUAAGUCGGAGGAAGAUGAACAUACUGUGAAAUUCACUGACAAUUCGCCGGAAAUUAUAGGAGAAGAAAAUAAAGUACCUCAUCUGGAAUCCAAAGAAAUGUCGGAUUCAAAUAGAGCAAUAAAAAGAACUGGUGCCCCAACACCUUCUGUUGUUGAUAUGAAUAAUAUGUCCAGUGAAGAAACAAAAGAUAAUUCGUCAUCUUUUAUUAUAACCUACCCAAUCUUACACAAGUUUGAAAAUUGCCCUAUUACAUUAUACGAGUUGGCUAAAGUUAUUAGUAGAAGAAAACCUCUUUCUGAAAAUGUAAGUAAAUUUGAAUCUGCCAACAUUGAUUUAAAGCAACUCCAGAACGGUGUCAGCAGAAUACAAAGUGGAACAUUUACUAUUAAACAUCUAAACCAUUUGAUCGAGCCUUUGGUAACGCUCUGCUCAUCAAACACUGUUUUAUUGUCAUGGUUGGACGAUGAAUCUGGUUAUGAUCAACUUUUGGCAUUAUCGUUGAUGUUACUCCAAUCGAUGGAUGAGGCUUCUCUAAUACCAACAACCAUGACGAGGAAAGCUAUUCUGUUGAUCCAAUGUGUUUUGGCUGUUAAUGAAUAUAAUGGAAGGAGUAUCAAUGACUUCGAUGUCGGCACUAUAAAUGGAAUAUGGGCACAGUUCACAAUAAUGGUUGAUAAAUUAUUACAUUUUACAAAUGAAAUAUAUCUCUUAAUAUGCGAAACGAGAUCUACAUUAAUCAAGCUGAAUUAUUUUAAACCCAAAUCGAUUACAAGUAUUCUUAGUUCUCUGGUUACAGAAUUACCGGAAGACAUAACCGAUAAUGACUACAGAAAUGAAUUUGAUGAAACCAAGAUAAUAGGGAACUUAUUAACAGAAAAUAAUAUUAGCUAUAACGCUAUUGAUAAAUUGAGAUUAAAAAUCGGCUUAAAACAAUCUUUUAUGAUAAGCACGAUUAUUGGUGUACUACAAACGAAACCAAGUGAAUUCAAGACAUUCCAAUUAUCAGAAAUUAUCCAAACGAUGUCAUUCUUUGUUAGAAAGACUAAUUCGGAUUGGAGAUACAAUAGUAUAUCAGUAGCGGUAGAAAUAUUCAAGAUAUUAUACUCAAGGGAGAACAAAAAUCUGCAAGAAAUUAACCAAAUAUUUUCCUGCCUUGACGCAGAAACAUAUAAACUUAUCAAAAUAAUGGGACAGCCUAUGUGA